CACAGCCUAUCGGAUUCCGGGAUGCAAUACGCAUCCAAAUGAAAAGAACGCCAGUCCUCGCUAAUCCUUGUAUAUCCUUUUUAUCUCGGGACUCAUAGCAGUCUGAUCACUAUGGGACAGCGAAGCGGUGGGACAAAGCCAUGCGGAUGAUAUUCUUGUAAAUGAGAGAAAAAAGCAAGUCUGUCUGACUUCAGAGGGCGCAAACUGGGCGCAUGUAGCUGCGUAUGCGUAAAAGUGGGCCAAAAUGUUCCUCGUUCUGCUCCUGGGGCUCUACGUGGCCACAGGUGAACUUGUCUCCCCAGUGAGCUCCUGCCCGUCGCAGUGCAGCUGUUUCUACCACAACCUGAGUGAUGGAUCAAAGGCCAGGAGCGUGAUUUGCAAUGAUCCCGACAUAUCUCUUGUGCCUGUCGGGUUCCCUGUUGACACGUCCAAGCUGCGGAUUGAGAAGACGGCCAUUCAGCGGAUACCAAGCGACGCCUUUAACUACCUCUCCAGUCUGGAAUUCCUGUGGAUGUCUUUCAACAUCCUGUCCGCCUUGAAUCCGGACAGUUUCCGUGGAUUGUUCAACCUGGAAGAGCUUCGUCUGGACGGGAACGCCCUCACCGCCUUUCCCUGGGAAUCUAUCAUGGACAUGCCCAGCCUCAGACUUCUCGAUUUGCACAACAACCAGCUCACCUCGCUGCCCGCGGAGGCCACCACUCACAUUAAGAACCUCACCUACCUGGACCUGUCCAGCAACAACCUGCUGACCCUGCCUGCAGAGGUGCUGUCCACCUGGCUGGCGGUGAAACCAGCGCAAGGACCAGAGAGCUCCAAGAUGAUACUUGGUCUCCAUGACAACCCCUGGGUGUGUGACUGCCGGCUCUACGACCUGGUCCAGUUCCAGAAGUCCCCAACUCUGUCGGUGGCAUUCAUCGACACGAGGCUGCGGUGUUCAGCCCCAGAGAGUGUGUCGGGGGUUCUGUUCAGUGAUGCAGAGCUGAGGCGCUGUCAGCUGCCACGCAUCCACACAGCCGUGGCACGAGUCCGGAGCGCUGUUGGAAACAAUGUGCUGCUCCGUUGUGGGACCAUUGGAGUCCCCAUCCCGGACCUGACAUGGCGCAGGGGCGAUGGACGAGCCCUCAAUGGAACAGUUCAGCAGGAAACGUCAAAGGAAGGAAUCACCUGGUCCAUCCUCAGUGUUCCAGCUGUGUCCUAUCGGGAUUCAGGGAAAUACAUGUGCAAGGCCACUAACUAUGCAGGGAAUGCCGAGGCUGUAAUUUCUCUUAUUGUCUCUAACACCCCAAAGCCAGAGGGGAACCAAACCAGUAGUGAAAAGAAGGCAAAAGUCAAGAAAUCCAACCAAAUAGGCAAAGCCGCCUACCAGGAGAAACUGGUGGCCAGAUAUUUGGUUCCAACCUCGACCCCUUCAUCCCUGCCUGCCCUGGAUCCUGGCCUUCCACCUGGGGUUGGUUCUGAGUCUGAACUAGCCAGUUUCAGCCUGGCUGACCGAGCCACACCGGGGCCUGCCACCUCCUCCAACCCAGAUGCACUGCUGGAUCUGGAGAAGACAAACCUGAGCAACUUGGCUGCCAACACCUCGUCACUGCAGCAGGACCCAGACAGGGUGGUCCGGUCAGUGAAGGUAGUGGGGGACACAGACAAUACAAUUUCUCUGAACUGGAGAGCCCCUAAAGCCAAGAACACUACAGCCUUUAGUGUGCUGUACGCUGUGUUUGGAGAGAGGGACAUGAGGAAGAUCAAUGUUGGGGCGGGACAGAACCGUGUAACCAUCGAAGGGCUGGUGCCCAGGACCAAGUACAUUGCCUGUGUGUGUGUGAGGGGGCUGAUCCCCAAGAAGGAGCAGUGUGUGAUAUUUUCCACUGAUGAAGCAGCCAGUGCCACUGGCACCCAGAGGCUGAUUAACGUGAUUGUGAUCACAGUGGCCUGUAUCAUCGCGGUCCCACUCACCGUCAUCGUGUGCUGUGGGGCGCUGAAGAGACGCAUUCAGAAGUACUGGGGAAAGAAAUCCAAGGACAUCCAAGAUUCAUAUGUGACCUUUGAAACGCUGUCACCUGGUACAAAGGCCAAAGGGCUCGAGGGCGAGUAUUUGAACAGAAUGAACCCAGAGGAGUCCAACAGGCUGCUGUCGGCCCGCUCCAGCCUGGACUCUGAGGCCACGGCUAAGAUAGAGGGACAGCCCAACGAGUACUUCUGCUGACAUCAUGCUCCAGCUCCGGCUCCUGCUACACACUAUCUCCCUCGCACUCACCCGCAUCCACGUACCAGCCCACACACUAACACGCAUUCGCAUACCCAUCACCACCCCCACCUGCAUGUCCAUCCACAUCCAUACCCCCAUCACUUCCAGUACCCCCACUCUCAGCGACAUCCUAACGUCAGUCCCCCUCUCACCCGCUCCCGUACGCCCAUACCUUGGGAUUCCCCCCCACCUGUUCCUCCUCGCUGGAUCACGCCACCGACUCCGCCGCCACAGAGAGCCAACUUCUAUCAAAGGACCUUUGCACGCUGCACUAUCAUGGAAAUAUCAGUUUAGAGAAUAUUUAACAUUUGAAUUAACUUGUAUUUUACCCAAACAUCCAAACUCCCUGGUCACACAUGUAUCCACACAGUAAUAGUGAGACAAUUACAAGACAUUUGACACAGCAUCCGAACACACUCAUGCUUUAAUGUCUAAAAGAAUGUUUUUUUAAAUCACUAAGCCUGUAAGAGGAAACAAGUCAACAAAAUUAAAUUAUUAUUGUAAUUAAUAUUUCAUUUCACUCACAGGGCCCAUUAAAGAAACCUCUACAUCCUAAUCUGAUUAAAAGGGAACUCAGCGAUAGACACUCCAUUGUUUAUAUCAUAUAUGUACGUGUAUGAUUUGUAAAUAUGUUACCUGGAUGAUGUACACUUACAUAUACAGUUAUAUCUGUGCCUGUAUAAUCUGUCAUACGUUCUCAGAGAAGAUAUACACACAGGCAUGGUUCAACAACUCUGGUGAGUGGAGAAAAAAGCUGGAGCUGGAGAAAGAAGUACAUGAAGGUCUGAACUAUGACACCGUGUAAAUAGCGUGGACAUGAUCCAAAAAUGAAAUGUUAAAAAAAAUGAUUUCUACUCCCGGCAACGAGACACAUACUGAAAUAUCUCUAUGUACCUGUUUUGUGCCACCUAGAGGCAUCAUUACCCCCAAUGAGAUGUAGAUCUGUUCAUUUCAAUUAUAUUAUUUGAAUAUAGUUAAAUAAACUUUUAUAUAUACACAUCCA